AUGUUGACUAAUGAAGAUUACCCCUCACUUACCCAAGGCAUCUACAACCUGAAUUUUACAGGAGACAGUAUUCCUUGUAGGCUUCUUCUUAUUGGUGACACAGCAUUCCCAGUGCUGGAAACUCCUGCAAACGAUGUUCUCAUUGCUGCAUCCAGAUACGGCAAGGGCCGCUUGGUUGUCAUGAGUCAUGAAUCAUAUCUAAAUGAGCCACAAUUUAUGGAUUUUUUGCAGAAUGCAAUAUCCUGGUUAAAACCAUCAUCAGAAGCAGUAAUUGGCAUUGAAAACAGCCUAGGUCUCCUGGCACACACUCUGUCAAUCUUUGGACAUGAGAUUGACAUGAUCUCUGGCUUUAAGAAAGAUUUGGGAGUGCUUUGCAUGACUGGAUAUAAUGACAGCCAGGCAUCAGAUAUUGUGUCAUUUUUGAGGGAAGGUGGUGGCCUCCUUAUUGGAGCCCAAGCAUGGCAUUGGUCUGAAUGCCACCCAGAAUUAAACGUUUUCUUUGAUUUUCCUGGAAACAAAAUAACAUCUGUAGCUGGUGUCUAUUUCACUAAUAAGACUGGAGAAAAGGACUAUUGCCCUGUGAGUGAGAAACCACCACCAUUUCCAUCUUUUGAUAAGCAAGUAGACAUUUGCACCAUUUUGGAUUUAUCCACAGAGCUAAAACAGUUCUUCAAUGGAGUAUCCAGUCUGGAUAUUACUGGGAGUUCAACUGGUUCUGAACUCCUGCUACAUGGACUGUUGACGUUUCCACUUGGACUGACAAGCAGCCACCAGUGUUUUUUUGCUGCUGCAUACUAUGGCAGAGGACGUGUUGUAGUGGGGUCACAUGAAGGCUUCCUCACAAAAAAAGAGCUGAAAUCUUUCAUCCUAAAUGCCAUUUCAUGGCUGAAUGCGGGAAGAAAUGGGAGGAUCGGUGUUAACAAAGAAGUGCAAAGCCUGAUAUCCAUACUGCAGGCUGAAGGUAUCUCUUGUGCAAUAUCCAACGUGAGUUCUGAAUUCAGCAUUUAUUGUUGCAAUUCUUAUAGUGAUGCUGAAGUAGACAAAAUCCAUCAGUUUGUUGCAGAAGGAGGAAGUCUUCUCAUUGCUGGCCAUGCCUGGUACUGGUCUUACUCUCAUUCAGACGUUCUUUCUCAGUAUCCAGGAAACAAAAUCCUUAAUAAAUUUGGGAUAAGCAUUCUGGAAAGAACCAUAGAAACUGGCAAUUAUAAAGUUCCAGAGUCAGCUAAUGCAUAUCAUUUUCCCAGAUCAAUCUGUCAGCUUCUGAAAGACCUGAAAAAUGGAGUGGAGAUAAAAACCCCUCUAAGCUCCUGGCUAUCAAAGCUCAAACAAGAUGUCUCAAGUUUUCUGAAGUUGCCUGCCACACCUCUUAGGAUGUCCCUAUGGCAAGAACUUUCACAACUGAUACUUGGAUGUAAUUUACCAGAAGUUAGUAAAGAGCAUCCAGUGAAAAACUGCUCCAAAGAGGCUUUCCUUUUGUGUUUGGCUCAAGAUGUUAACUGCUUAAAUGACUCUGUGCAAGAGGACACAGGAGAGCUUGAUGUUCAAGGAGAACCCACAAUAAUGGCAAAUAUUGAUGGCACAAAUCCUGGUGGUGAUGUAUGGAGAAGUACGGGACUCUACUUGCCCCCUAACAAAAAAGCAAUACUUUUAUUUCCAAAACAAGCUGUUGGGAAAGGUCUCCAGGUACAAGUUGGCUGUCAAUCCGAUGACCUGAGUGCAGCAGCAGAGUUGUGUCGUGCUCCAAUGGUUGUACAUAGAAAGAAUGUUAUUGGGAGGAAGGUUGUGAUAUCCUGUGUCUGGGGAGGACUUAUUUAUGUUAUUGUAAAGGGGAAGAGUCAGCUAGGGAUUGUUACAAUGAUGGCCUAUGGAGUAGAGCCAGCUCCAACAUUUAUAAAAGGACAAACUAAGGUUUCUUUGUGGUUGGAUUCAUUACGCACCUCAACAUCUCCUUGGGCUGAGCUUAUUACAGAGAAUAUUAUACUGACUGUCCCUACUGAUAAAGUCCGCUCACUAGAGGAUCCUGAAUCGCUUAUGUCUUUAUGGGAUAACAUCAUGUCAACAGUAGCUGAUCUGGCAUCUGUCCCAAAGAAACUGCCUCGUCCAGAAAGAAUUGUGACCGAUGUUCAGAUCUCAGCAGGUUGGAUGCAUGCUGGAUACCCAAUAAUGUGUCAUUUGCCAACAGCAUCUACUUUAGUAAGUGUUGCAGAAAUAAAGAAAGGUCUGUGGGGGCCUAUACAUGAGCUUGGUCACAACCAGCAAAGAGGUGUUUGGGAAUUCCCUCCUCACACCACAGAAGCCACCUGUAACCUGUGGUCAGUGUAUGUGCAUGAAACCGUACUGGGGAUCCCAAGAGAUAAUGCUCAUCCUGCUCUCAAGCCAGGAGACAGAGAAAAAAUAAUCAAGCAGUAUCUAAAGAAUGGAGCCAAUCUUAAUGAGUGGUGCAUGUGGACAGCGCUUGAGACUUAUCUUCAGCUACAAGAGGGCUUUGGCUGGGAUCCCUUCAAGCAAGUUUUCUCAGAGUAUCAGACCAUGUCCAAUGUCAGUAAUGUCAAGAAUGUUAAGAUGAAUCUUUGGGCAGAGAAGUUCUCUCAAGCAGUCAAUAAGAACCUGGCUCCAUUCUUCAAGGCCUGGGGAUGGCCCAUUGAUGAUGCUACCAGCAAAAAAUUAUCCAUAUUAAGUGAAUGGGAAGAGAAUCCAAUGAAGAAAUAUGUCAGCUAA